AAUUGUCGGAUUUGUCGGCCGUCACCGUCACGUAGUCUUUUCUGUUUGGUUGUGAUGUUAUUCUUUAAAUUAAAUUCGAAUGAACUAGAAGUUAUUUCAUGAAUGUAAUUAUUCUAUUUUGAGUGAAUACACAAGCUUCCAAAAGUGCUAAAGGCGGCAAUUUAUAUUUAUCGAUCUGCGCUUGUUCUCCGGUCUUAUAGAAGUAACCUAAUAUAAAAAUGUCUGUUCCAAAUGUUGAUUCCGCGGAAAACUUCCAGAAUUUGAUAAGAUCUCCUACAUUAACUGUAGCUCAUUUUUCGGCUGAAUGGGCAGACCAAUGUUGCCAGGUCACAGAGGUGCUCAAGGAACUUUCAAAACUACCAGAAAUCCAAGCUAGUGGAGCUAAAUUCUGUGUUUGUGAUGCAGAGAACCUAUCUGAAAUCUCAUUGAACUAUAAGGUUGAUUCAGUACCAACUGUAAUUUUAUUCAAAAAUGGAUCACAAGUGGACAGAGUGGAUGGUGCAGAUGCUGCACAAAUUACAUCAAAGGUAAAGUCUCACAGCCUUGGGAAGGCUGCACCAGCUAUAUCAACCCCACAGCAGCCAUUAGAAGAGAGGCUCAAGGCACUUAUCAACAAACAUAAUGUGAUGGUGUUCAUGAAAGGCAACAGGGAGACUCCUAGAUGUGGAUUCAGCAGGACCUUGAUUCAGAUACUGAAUGGAACAGGGGUUCAAUAUGGCACUUUUGAUAUUCUGACUGACGAGGAAGUCCGUCAAGGCCUAAAAGAGUACUCUGAUUGGCCAACUUAUCCCCAACUUUAUGUCAAAGGUGAACUGAUUGGGGGGCUAGAUAUAAUCAAGGAACUACAAGCCAGUGGAGAGUUAGAUGCAACUCUGAAAGCUUAAGUGAAGGUUUUUGCAACAUGGUUGGAUUUUAUUUAUUUCAGUAAAGCUUUUAAUAAAA